UAACUACCCUCGAAGCUCUCCACUGUCCCCACAGACAGCAAAGUAGAAAUAUCUAAGUAGAGACUGCCAGAGUACCUGGUUUCCUGAAGACACAGGAGACUAAGGUGGGAAUGGAAUGCAUUUGUGGCAGAUCCAGUAAGAAAAUCAUAGAAAACAAUCAGAAAUUAACAGGGUUAACUAAACGGCGGUUGAGAACACUUUAGUCACCUUAGUAAAGCUAAGUAUUUUGGAAAGGCUUGGCACAUGCCGUUACUUAAGCUUUGCCUACUGGCAAUCUGGCAUUUCUCUGACAGAGACUGGCUCUUCAGCCUCUCGGGAUUCCCAGAGCGCCUUGCGCGGCUCUUGGCGGGAAACUGCCUGGAGGUCACAACGCUGCUGCCGCGCCUGUGAGGGCAACGGUUGAGGGAAGACGCCUGCGCAUCCCACAGAGUGCGUGCGUGCUGCGUGGUGCAGGUUUCGUGGUCGCUGGUGCCAGUCCUCAGACGUUCCGUAAUGUAUAUGUUGAAUUAAAGAAAAAACUUUAUCCGAAGAUGGCCACUGCACAAUUGCAAAGAACUUCCAUGAGUGCACUGGUGUUUCCCAAUAAGAUAUCAACAGAGCAACAGUCUUUAGUGUUAGUGAAGAGGCUCCUAGCAGUUUCAGUAUCCUGUAUCACAUAUUUGAGAGGAAUAUUUCCUGAAUGUGCUUAUGGAACAAGAUACCUAGAUGAUCUUUGUGUCAAAAUUCUGAGAGAAGAUAAAAACUGUCCAGGAUCUACACAGUUAGUGAAGUGGAUGCUAGGAUGCUACGAUGCUUUGCAAAAAAAAUACACACAUAUUCCAGGUGGUCAACGAGACAAAGAGGAUCCCUUCUCUAGUGGGAAAACAGUCAAUAAAACAAGUAAUUCAGCUAAGGAUGGUUGUUCUAGCUGUAUACACCAAUCCAGAAGACCCUCAGGCUUUUUUGAGACAAUUUCAGAAUGUUACCAAUUUAAAUUCAAGUACACUAGUAAUGGACCAGUCAUGGACUUCAUAAGUAAAAACCAAAACAGUGAAUCUAGUAUGUCAUCUGCUGACACCAAGAAAGCAAGUAUUCUCCUGAUUCGCAAGAUUUAUAUUCUAAUGCAAAAUCUGGGACCUUUACCUAAUGAUGUUUGUUUGACCAUGAAACUUUUCUACUACGAUGAAGUCACACCCCCAGACUACCAGCCUCCUGGUUUUAAGGAUGGUGAUUGUGAAGGAGUGAUAUUUGAAGGGGAGCCUAUGUACUUAAAUGUGGGAGAAGUCCCAACACCUUUUCACACCUUCAAAGUAAAAGUAACUACUGAAAAAGAACGAAUGGAAAAUAUUGAUUCAGCUAUAUUAUCACCAAAACAAUUAAAAACACCACUUCAAAAAAUUCUCAUGGACAAAGAUGAUAUAGAAGAUGAACAGGAGCAUUAUAUAAGUGAUGAUUUUGACCUUGAGACUAAAAUGGAAGAGCAGAAAAAAACCCCUGGAUCUUCUGAUCUUGGAGAACCAAAUUUAGUUUGUGAGGAAGAUGAAAUUAUGAGGUCUAAAGAAAGUCUAGAUCUUUCAAUUUCUCAUUCUCAGGUUGAACAGUUAGUCUGUAAAACAUCUGAACUUGAUGUGUCUGAAAGCAAAACAAGAAGUGGAAAAAUCUUUCAGAAUAAAAUGGCUAAUGGAAAUCAACCAGUAAAAUCUUCUAAAGAAAAUCGGAAGAGAAGUCAACUUGAACCUGGGAGAACAGUCCUUCAUCACUUUGAUUCUUCCAGUCAAGAGUCAGUACCAAAAAGAAGAAAGUUUAGUGAACCAAAGGAGCAUAUAUAAAAAUUAAUUUUUUCUUCUGCAUGUUUGUGAAGUUCUCAACAUUUCAACUACUGGACGAUGUAUUACUAUUUUAACGUGUGUUUGCCAUGUGAAAAUUUAAAGAUUGUGUUAAGCAGUUAGUACAAAAAUAAAUUUUUAGCUGUCAUAUUGUGAUCCUUAAUCUUAUCUGAGACAAUGCAAGAGAACUUUUGGAUAAAACCAAAAGCACCAGUGUCAUAAUUGAUUUUGCUCAUUAUCUACUCAAUAUUGACAUAUCUUCCAUUUUGGUAGAUACUUCCUUUAAACAUAUAUUAACCUUUAAUGCACUAUAGAGCCAGUUUUAAAAACGAAUAAUGUUCAUUUUGUUAUUAAAUUUUGGUAGGAAUUUACUUUUUACUUAUGUUAAAACUGUAACACUUAACUGGUUAUUUGUCCCUGUGUCAUUAAAACAAUGUUCUUUGGUGCUUUGAUAGAGUGUACUAACACGGUAAUAUAUAACAUACCAUUAAAAAUUGGUUAUCUUUUUUAACUUUUUUUUUUUUUUUUUUUUUACUUCAAGGCAAAAUGAGGACUGAUUUUUAAGGUCUGACAUUUUGGGCAGCAUAAAUAAAAUAUUCUUCAGCAUCUAGACUCUUUCAUGGCUUCUAAUUUUUAUUUAAUUAGCAGAAAAUGUUUGGGUACUCAUUUUGAGAUCAUUUUGGUAAAUACUGCUUUACAAGAGUUGAGCACACUUCCCAGAACCUUUGAGUGGUAGUGUGAAAGAUACGGUGCGUUUAGGGAGAAAUCCGAGACCUGGUUUCAGCUUUGAUCAUUUCCUUUGCCUUAAAAAAGAAAGACUUAAAACUUGGUCUGUUUGCUUCUUGCAGUUUUAGCAGCCGCAUUAUA